UGUGUGUGUGUGUGUGUGUGUUUUGCUGAACUUUGGACUAUUUGAGUAACAGUCUGACUGAAACGAGGGAUUUUAAGAGGAAAAAUGGAGAAAAUUUCUCUCCUUACUUUAAUAUAUGGGAUUUUUAUUUUAAUAUCUAAUGUGUCUCUGACGUCAUCAGUCUCAGUGUUUGUGUCGAGACAGACGGCUCAGUCGUUGUUGAGACAGAAGCGCUUUAAUAAAGGAGCGCUGGAGGAGGUGAUGAGAGAUAAUCUGGAGAGAGAGUGUAUAGAGGAGAAAUGCAACUUUGAGGAAGCGCGUGAAGUUUUUGAAAACGUGGAGAAGACAAGAGAGUUCUGGAUUGGUUACAUCGAUGGAGAUCAGUGUUUGUCGUCUCCUUGUCAGAAUGGAGGGACGUGUAAAGAUGGGAUGAGCUCCUACGUGUGCUGGUGCCCCAUCGGCUUCAACGGGAAGAACUGCGAGCUCGAGCUAGCGAGACAGUGUGAUGUGAAUAACGGAGGCUGUAUGCAGUUCUGUGUGGUGGAUAAGAUACAGGGCGUGGUGUGUGACUGUGCUGACGGAUACACACUCGGCGCAGACGAGAGGAGCUGUGAGCCGAAAGCUGAUUACCCCUGCGGCCGUUUGGGGAAGAACAUCGCCAACACUCUGGCCACGAGAUCGUUAAUCACUAAAGAAACUGUGAACCAAAUUCACACCAACCAACGUGAGAAUGUGACGGAGAGGAAUUUAACAGCAGCAAACAGCACAAACGCCCCUGAGCUCAGCAGCGCCACCGUCAGGCCAACACUGAGAGAACAUCACUGGGCUUUUUUCCCCACGUUACCCGCCGUCAUACAGGAGACCAAAACCGACCAGCGCAUUGUGGGAGGAAUGGAAGCAACACCUGGAGAGAUUCCCUGGCAGGUGGCACUGGUCCAUAAGGAAAAGAAGAUAGUGUUCUGUGGCGGUUCUCUCCUGAGUGACGUGUGGGUCAUCACCGCUGCUCACUGCGUGGUGGAGGCAGGGAUCGGAAAGUUCUUUAUCAGAUUAGGAGAACAUGAUGUUAACAUUGAUGAACAGCGGGAGCGCAAUCAUGAAAUUGACGAACACCAUAACCAUCCCAACUACCAGUAUCAGCAAAGCCACAACCACGACAUCGCCCUGCUGAAGCUCAAAACACCUGUCACGUUCUCAGACUACAUCAUCCCCAUCUGCCUGGGCCCAAAAACCUUCACGGAGAACUUGCUGAAGAGCGUGCCAGUCUCGAUGGUGAGCGGGUGGGGCCGGGUGCGCUACGGAGGGGUGGAGUCCGACAAGCUGCAGAAGGUCGACGUUCCCUAUGUGGACCGCACCGAUUGCAAAGGCAGCGAUAAGAUUACACGCUUCAUGUUCUGCGCCGGGUUCCUGACCACCCGCAAGGACUCGUGCCAAGGAGACAGCGGAGGACCUCACGCCACCAGACUGAACACAGACACGUGGUUCCUGACGGGGAUUAUCAGCUGGGGCGACGAGUGCGCUAAAGAGGGCAAGUACGGCGUCUACACACGCGUGUCCAGGUACAUGAACUGGAUCACUAAUGUGACUGGAAUCAGAGCAGGAACUUCUGGAUGAUAAUCACACUUUCAGUUUCCAGAAGCAUGAAAGUGUGUACGGCAAGAACGGAUUCCAUCAUUUGGCAAAAUUAAAGAUUAAAAAAUUUACUCACUGUUAUUUUAAGAGUCUGAGAGAGAAUAAACUCUAGUGUUAGUACUCAGAUUAAAAAAAGGUCUAAAAAACUCCACAAACGACGACAUGAUGGUGAAAUCAGUGGUUCAUUUAGCCUUAGAGCCGUCAGUGUUCAUAAAGCAGUUGAUUAGCAGCAGGCAUUAGCUAAUGAGUAAAUAAUUAACUACACUCAGUGAGCAGCGUACAGCAGCUGGAUGUGUGUUUUUGCUUUUUCUUAACAGUGAAGCAUAAAAAUGAAACAUGAGUACAUUCAGUUUGGCACAAUGAGAUAAUAAACAGCGCAUAUUUACAUUCAA